AGACCGUCCAUCGCACCGCCAGACACACAUCAUGAUAAUACGCUCCCUCACGAGACGGCCCGGCGCCCUCCAGACUCUCGCCCAGCAUGCCAGCAGAGCUCCCUACGCACGACGGUUACACGGGGUGCCGUCGCUGCUGAACCACGACGAGCUGGUCAACAAUGGCAUCCCGGGCCUGUUCAGCAAGAAGCAGUUUGACAUUGCCUACACGCAGUACCAGGGCCACAUCGUCGAGUCCCUCAACAUUGCGACCGCCGGCUCCGCGUACGAGAACAGAGACCCCAAGUCCCUCAUCGUCGACAUCGCCCGCGAUCCCCUGAUGGCCUACCCCUGGAACCUCGCCUCCAUGGCCUUCAACAACCACUUCUUCUUCCGCGGCCUCAACACCAACCCCAACAUCGCAUCCGCGCCCUCGGCCGACCUCGUGCCCCUCAUCAACCGCAGCUUCCACUCCCUCGAGACCCUGCAAGAGACAAUGAUGCUCACCGCCGACGCCAUGUUCGGCCCCGGCUUCGUCUGGCUCGUCCAGACCCCCGACGCAAAGGACCAGCCCCUCAAGCUCCUCACCACCUACAUCGCCGGCAGCCCGCUCUCCGGUGCCCACAACCGCAAGCAGCCCGCCGACAUGAACACGCAGAACACCGAGUCGUACGCGGGCAGCUUCGGCGCCGCUGCCCGCCAGAAGGAGAACAGGCCCAAGAAGGCCCUCGGCGGUGUCGACGUUGUCCCGCUGCUGUGCGUCAACACGUGGGAGCACGUCUGGCUGCACGACUACGGCGUCGCCGGCAAGAUGAGCUUCUUGGAGAAGUGGUGGGCCAAGAUCGACUGGGCGCAGGUGCAGCAGAAUGUGCUGUUCGAGAAGCCCCAGACGCAGAGCGCGGGAGGCGGGUUCAGGCAGUUUUACAGCAGCUAGAGAAGCCAGCUGCUGGGCAAGGUGUAGGACUACAUGUACAAAAUAGAGGGGAGGCUGGAUGGCGAGCUGAGCAUAUAGAUGUACACUAACUACUGCUGCACGAGAACUUGUUGCCUGGAUAGCACUGCGUGCAAAUCGAGUCAAUGGCCCUACGAUUGC